GGUAUCUCUUUGCGCGGAACUGGAGACCACUACAUUUAUUUACGCACAUUUUCGCAGCGUCCCGUUGAUUAAAAAAAAAAAAAAAAAAAAAAAAAAAAAAGAGAGAUGAACCCAAUCUACCGUCUCAUUGCGGUCGCACUGCUCGCGGGUCAGGUGCAACCGUACAAGCACCAAGCGAGCCUGCACCUGUGCGCACGCAACGGCACGGUAUCGGUCGAGGUCCACGGAAAGCCGAGGAAAAAUGGCACGAGCUGCCAGUGCCAAGCAAUAACACCCCAGCCGAGCGGACAGUCCCGGCUCGUGAUGAGAGACGACUACGCGCACACGCCCGGGGUUGGGUUCCACAAGCUCCACACCGUCGCCAGGACUUGGAACGAUGCUCGCCACGCUUGCGAGGACGAGGGCGGGCACUUGGCCAUCGUCAACUCAAAGGCGGAGGAAGAGGCCAUGCUGAACGCGUACAGGAGCGCGGGUCCGAUACAAGGGGGCUCCAACGCGGACGAGGCGUUCCUCGGUGUACACGACUUUUAUCGGGAGGGCGAGUGGGUGACGAUUUUCGGGGAGUCGCUCGGAGGUAGCGGUUACGCGCGCUGGUCCAACGACUUUUGGGGCCAGCAGCCGGACAACAAGCACAACAGCCAGCACUGCGGCGCGCUUCUGUUCAGCGGCGGACUCGACGACUUCCACUGCCACGAGAAGCUGGCCUUUUUCUGCGAGUUACCGAUCCACUGCGCUGAUUAUUGAUUGUGGUUUUUUUUUUUUUUUUUUUU